CACCCAGGGAUACAGACCUCUACAAACAUUUGUGAAAGUAUGGGUCGCUCUCAGGAGCUCAUUGAAUUCAAGCGUGGUACUAUGAUAGGUUGCCACCUGCGCAAUAAGUCCAUCCAUGAAAUUUUCUUGCUACUAAAUAUUCCACGGUCAUCUGUUAGUGGUAAUAUAACAAAGUGGAAGCAACUGGGAACAACAGCAACUCAGCCACGAAGUGGUAGGCCACGUAAAAUGACAGAGUGGGGUCAGCACAUGCUGGCAUGCACACAGUGCGCAGAAGUCGCCAACUGUCUGCAGAGUCAAUAGCUAAAGACCUGAAAACUUUGUGUGGCCUUCAGAUUAGCACCAAGCCUUACAUCACGAAGUGCAAGGCACAAUGUCGGAUGCAAUGGUGUAAAGCACGCCACCACUGAACUCUAGAGCAGUGGAGACAUGUUCUCUGGAGUGACAAAUCAUGCUUCUCUGUCUGCCAAUUUGAUGGAUGUGUCUGGGCUUGGCGGUUGCCAGGAGAAUGAUACUUGCCUGACUGCAUUGUUCCAAGUGUAAAGGUUGGGCUUGGCCCCUUAGUUGCAGUAAAGGGAACU